AUGCGUCUGACUGCCCUCUCGCUCCUCUUCUUGUCCUCGACGGCCAUCGCGUCCAGUUGGUUUGGAUCCGACGAGCCCGAGCCCAAGCAAUGGUCGCAGGAACAACUCGACAAGGCCCAAAAGGCGUAUGCAUCUGUUCAUGACAGUGCAAUGCAGUCCUGGACAGACAGCCAACUCCGCCAAUUCCUCAUGGACCAGGGCGUCAUCGAGCCAAAGGGCACAAAGGAACAAGCUCCUCCAGAUGGCACGCAGCCAUCGUUUAGCUCGGCACUCUCCAGCGCAUCCGCCAGUGCCUCGACGGCCGUGUACGGCGAUAGCUACUACCAGGCAACCCAAUCUGCCUCUUCCAUCGCCUCUCAAGCCUCGAGAACUGCCUCUUCGUACAUUACCAGCGCCACCGAGGCUGUCAUGGACGCCAUGGACGACACCAAAGAUUAUGUCUACUCGUCGGAAAAGGGUGUCAUCCGCACAAAGGCUCAAGUCUCUCGCGACGAGAUGCUCAAAAAGAUGCGCGAAACGUAUGCCGCCGCCGCCAACCCAGUCUAUGACGCCUGGAGCGACAGCUACAUGCGCCACUGGCUCAUCCGCAACAAUAUCAUUGCAGAACCCCCGACUACGCGUGAAAAGCUGCUCGCGGCUAUGAACUCAUAUUACUAUAACACAAAGGACUAUGUCUGGUCUUCUUGGUCUGAUAGCGACCUCAAGGCAUGGCUCGUCCAGCACAACAUUAUCAAAUCCGACGCCCAGCUCAAGCGUGAAAAGAUGGAAAAACUCGUGCAGGACAACUACCUCUCGGCUUCGAAUGCCAUAUGGGAUGCUUGGACAGAAUCUGAAAUCCGCGCCUGGCUCAUCGAACACGGCUAUCUCCGCAGCGACGCCCAAGUGAAAAAGGACGAACUCGUCUCGCUCAUCAACUCCAAGUACACCGACGCGGCCAACAGAUCUGCAGAGUACCUCACCUGGCCAGACGCACGUCUUAGAGCCUAUCUCCGCAUGCACGGUCUCCCCGAAUCCCAACUCCCGACAUCCCGUCCAGGUCUCCUUCACGAAGUCCGCAUCCGCUACGUCAUUGCCCAGACACGCAUCGACCAAAUGAUUCAAAAGAUUCGCGAUGUCGUCUAUGGGUCGAUUGAGACGGCCGAAGAGAAACUCGGGAGCGUGUUGAGUGCGCUUGGAGGUGCAAGGGACGAGGCAGAAGUUAAGCGUCGCGAGGCGGUCAAAGAGGCUGAACGCCUCGCAAAGGAGGCUGAGAAAAAGGCAGAACAGCUCAAGGCUGAAGCUAUCCGGAAGAAGAAUGAGCUCUAA